AUGUCAACAACAUCCGUUACCACGCUUGUCAUACCGGCCAUGAAGGGUGUCGUUAUAUCAGAAAAUAAAUGUCCCAUGUGUUGGGGUGAAGGCUUUCCCCAAGAUGGCUCUGGCGCCCACGAUAGAAUCCAGGAGUUGGAGGGGCAAGUGCAUACGUUGACAGCGCGCGCUUUGGCUGCAGCCCCAAGGAGCCUACCACACCCCGCGCAGCAGCUCUUCACUGGGAAGACCCCCUCCCGAGCCGACCAUUCAUCACCACAGCGCCCAACAUCCUCAGAAUCCCAAUCCCAACGACAAACAUACCACAGCCGCCUCACAAACUUAGCCUCCUUCCUCCCCUACCGACGUGGGAGCGCAACCCCCGCACCAGCAGCAUCCAGCGGCCCCCUCCCAAGUACUCCAACCGCGCUGAGCACACCACUCCUACACAUGUCCCCCGCAAACAGCGAGCACACAUCCGAGCUGCAGGAUGCGCUUGCGCGCGAGCAGAAACUGCGCGAGGCUGCCGAGUCGCAACUCUCGCUGGCGAGUACCGAGCUAGAGGAGUUGACGGUGCAGCUUUUCAGUCAGGCAAAUGAGAUGGUCGCAGAGGAGCGCAAGGCUCGCGCGAAGCUUGAGGAGAGGGUUGCUGUGCUGGAAAAGAGGGAUGUGGAGAAGCGCGGUCGGUUGGAGAGGUUGGAGAAUGCUGUGGCGCGCGUGGAGCGAUUGAGGGCAUUGGUUAAUCAAUGA